UCCUGACACCACACACAUGCAGACGAAGACCCCCAAGUCCUUCCCAAGUCAAGCCAACCAAAACAAGAUUCACAAAUCUCCAUAUUCAUCCAUUUGCUCCUCCUCAGUCCUCUGUCCACUCCAAAUUUUUUUGUUCCCCCUCUUCUUCUUCUUCUUGUUCUUGUUCUUGAUCGGGAGCUUUCACGGGGUUCGGUUCGAGAUCGAAGAUGCUGCAGAGGGUGACGAAGAUGUGCUGCGUGAAGGUGAAGAGGAAAGCGAUUGAGAAGGAGGAUCACGGCGCCGACACCGCCGCCGCCGCCACCACCACCAACAACAGUAACAACAACGGUAGUGUCAAGAAGAUCAGAGGGACCGUGAAGCUGAUGAAGAAGAAUGUGUUGGACAUGAACGACAUGAAGGCCUCGUUGCUCGAUCGGAUCCACGAGCUGUUCGGCCGAGGAGUGUCCUUGCAACUCGUCAGCGCCGUCCAUCCCGACCCAUCAAACGGGGUCGGAGGAAAGCUUGGAAAAGUGGCAUACUUGGAGAAAUGGAUCAGAAAGAUCACUUCCUUGACAGCGGGAGAGGCAGAGUUUGGCGUCAUGUUCGAGUGGGACAAGUCGAUGGGUGUUCCCGGGGCGUUCAUCAUCAGGAACCAUCAUCACAGCCAGUUCUACCUAAAGACGGUCACCCUAGAAGACGUCCCGGGUCAUGGCACCGUCAAAUUCGUCUGCAAUUCUUGGGUUUACCCAUCACAUAGAUACAAGUAUGACAGAGUUUUCUUCUCAAACAAGACCUACCUACCGUGUCAGACGCCGGUGCCAUUACGCAAGUACAGGGAGGAGGAACUUGUUAACCUACGAGGAAGUGGUUCCGGUGAGCUCAAGGAAUGGGACAGAGUUUAUGACUAUGCUUAUUACAAUGACCUAGGAAGUCCCGAUAAAGGUCCUGACCACAAACGCCAAGUCCUAGGCGGAAGCGAGGACUAUCCAUAUCCUAGGAGAGGGCGAACUGGUCGAAAACCAACAAAGGCUGAUCCGAAUUGCGAGAGCAGACUGCCUCUGCUGAGUUUAAACAUUUACGUUCCAAGAGACGAACGGUUCAGCCACAUAAAGUUCUCGGACUUUCUGGCUUAUGCUCUGAAGUCUCUGGGUCAAGUGCUGCUCCCUGAGAUCACCUCCAUAGGCAACAAAACUUUCAAUGAGUUCGACUCGUUUGAGGACGUGCUUAGACUUUAUGAAGGCGGCAUCAAGCUGCCCAGCGGGCCAAGGUUUGGUAAGCUCAAGGACCGCAUCCCGUGGGAGUUGAUCAAGGAACUUGUCCGAAAUGAUGGCGAGCAGCUCCUCAAGUUCCCGAUGCCCGAUGUCAUCAGAGAGGAUAAAUCUGCCUGGAGAACCGAUGAAGAAUUCGGGCGCGAAAUGCUCGCCGGAGUGAACCCCGUCAUUAUCAGCCGUCUCCAAGAAUUUCCGCCAACAAGCAAGCUUGAUCCUGCAAAAUAUGGUAACCAACGCAGUUCAAUAAGAAAGGGACACAUAGAAAUGAACAUGAAUGGAAUCACAGUAGAUGAGGCGAUUCGAAGGAACAGGAUGUUCAUACUGGACCACCAUGACGCGCUGAUGCCGUACCUGAGGCUUAUAAACUCAACCACCACGAAGAUGUAUGCGACUAGAACACUGUUGCUACUGCAAGACGACGAGACGUUGAAGCCGCUGGCGAUUGAGUUGAGCUUACCGCAUGCGCAAGGAGAUUAUCACGGAGCCGUCAGCAAGGUCUUCACUCCUGCAGAAAAUGGAGUUGAGGGCUCGGUCUGGCAGCUUGCCAAGGCUUAUGUUGCUGUAAAUGACUCUGGCUACCACCAGCUCAUCAGCCACUGGCUGAACACACAUGCCGUGAUAGAGCCCUUCAUAAUUGCGACAAACCGGCAGCUGAGUGUGAUCCAUCCGAUAUACAAGCUCUUGCAUCCCCACUUCCGUGACACGAUGAACAUAAACGCUUUGGCGAGACAGAUUUUGAUCAAUGCUGGUGGAGUGCUCGAAUUGACCGUAUUUCCUGGGAAAUACUCCAUGGAAAUGUCUGCUGUACUUUACAAGAAAUGGGUUUUCACAGAGCAGGGACUACCUGCUGACCUUAUCAAAAGGGGAAUGGCGAUCCCGGACUCAAGAUGCCCCCACGGCCUCAGGCUCCUAAUUGAGGAUUACCCGUACGCAGUUGAUGGUCUAGAAAUAUGGUCCGCGAUAGAGACUUGGGUGAAAGAUUACUGUUCUUACUAUUAUUCUCAUGAUGACCUGGUCCGAGGUGACUCGGAGCUUCAAUCCUGGUGGACAGAGGUCCGCAACGAGGGCCAUGGGGACAAGAAAGACGAGCCCUGGUGGCCCGCAAUGCAGACGUGUGCCGACCUCAUCCAGUCAUGCACCAUCAUCAUCUGGGUGGCCUCUGCCCUUCAUGCGGCCGUGAAUUUCGGGCAGUACCCUUACGCCGGGUACCUCCCGAACCGCCCAACUGUCAGCCGCCGGUUCAUGCCCGAGCUGGGGACUGCCGAAUAUGAAGAGCUCGAGAAAAACCCUGACGCGGCAUACUUGAAAACCAUAACGGCUCAGCUGCAGACGCUCCUAGGAGUGUCCCUGAUUGAGAUCCUAUCAAGGCAUUCGACGGACGAGAUCUACCUUGGCCAAAGAGACGACUCUCCCGAUUGGACAUCAGACGAAGAACCGAAACAAGCGUUCCAGAGAUUCACGGACCGGUUGAUCAAUAUUGAGAACAGGAUCAUGGAUAUGAACCAGGACAAGAGUCGGAAGAACAGAGUUGGGCCAGUUAAGGUGCCUUACACACUGCUGUAUCCGAAUGCCUCGGAUUACUCCAAGGAGGCGGGGUUGACAGGGAAGGGAAUUCCAAACAGCAUUUCAAUUUGAGGUUUUGUAAGCGUGAGAAGUUUUUAAGUAGUAAUAGCAUUCUCUGGUGGUUGCUUUUCUCAGUUGCUAGGAUCCUGUAUGUAACAUGAAAAUUUUUCGUUUGUAUCAGAACUAAGAGGCAUAAAUGUGCAUACCCUAAGCCUUGUUUCCAGGAA